GGAGGAGUGCUCAGCUCUCCAGGAAAAUGGCUUUUGCAGGUAGGUCCAACCUUCCUGCAUGGGGAGGUGGGAAAGAAGGGUUCUGCAGCUCUGGGUGUGGAGGAAAGCUGUGCUGGACUUCUUGAAGUGUGCUUUGUUGAGAUCUGUUCCUGCGGGAACCGAAGUUUAAUUGAAUGGCUGAAACAGUUUCAUGACUUCCCUCUUUUGCAUCCUGGACAUAACUGGUGCAGCUCCAAAUAACAGAUGGUGAAGUACUCAGGGGGCUGUUGUACAGGAUGUGCAUUAUCGAAACCCGUUAUGCAAACAGCAUUUCACAUGCAGUCAUAACUCUGUGGGCUUGUUCAUGUGCUCCUCUCAUAAAUGCAGAAUUGCACAUAGGGAAGCGUGGGAGUGGAGGGGCUUGGGUUUUAUCUGUACCUCUGUCCAGCUCAGCCUGGGGACCGGGGCAGAGAAGGAAUGAGUCACAUUUAUCCUGGGACACAGGUAAGCCUGGUGCUGCAAAAGGAAAGGUAAAUAUGUGUUGUUCCAUCCCUUCUUUGCAGCAAAGGUAGGAGCAGGUGGGGCCGCUGUGCCUUACAGCAGCAGGUGCUCUGUGGGUGUGCUGCUGUGUGUGCUGUGCCCAGCUGCUCUCUGGCAUCCCUCUGCUCUCUCCUAGGAGCCCCUUGGCCACUGAUCUUUCUCCUGGUAAUUGUUACUGAGGGCCUCUGCCCUGCUCCAGGCUGCUCACUGAGGUACAUCGAGGUGAGGGCUCUGCUUACAGCCAAACCCAGCGACUGAGCCAAAUGCAAAUGUGCCCACAAUGAGCCAUCCAAUAUGCAUGACUCAUUUUGAUAGGCCUCAAUAUAACAUACACCAAGUAAGGGGUCCUUAAUGACAACAAAUUUGUCUGACUUUCUUCAUCAGAGCCUACAGGAUGCUAAAAUACCCCAGGAAUUCAACAACACAGCCCUGACUGAUGGCUGAGCCUGCCUCGUGUCUAGCCAAAGGCACGUCAGGCUUCAAAGACUUGCUUUGAAUUGAUGAGGAGUGGUAUGGUGAAGCUUUUGGAAGCAAUGCUCCAGCAGCUUGCCUGCAGGACAGCAUGCACCUGCAUGUAUCUGCACAUACCCACCUGCACAGCGUAAUGCUGCGGUCACUGGGGCAAGUUGCUGUUUGAACUGCUGGUGGUGGUGGCACUGGGCUGCUUCUCUGUGACAAGACUUGUGCUGAGGCUGUCCACUGGGUGACCUGCUGGCCUAAAAAACACAUCUGACUGCUGCCAUGUCACAGCCUGCUCAGUUCAAUGCAUUUCUGCCUCACAUGGGGUUUCUGGAAAUUAAAUCUCCUGCUUUCCAGAGGAGAAAAGGAAAAGCUCACCAGUUACCCAGGUGCCUGGCAGUAUGAGCCUUGUGGCAGUGCUGUGCCACUGAAUUCUCCUCAGUGCCCAUGUUGGAAACUGUAUUAGAGAAAUGUGGUUCUGUUUGGGUGCAAUGGAAGCGUGUCUCUGCUCACCUGGUACUCUGCCCCUGAGGUGCUGUUUCCAGAUUCUUGAGUUGCUGGUGAUGUUUUCCUUGGAUGCUUUCUUGGUUGUUUCAUGCAAUUAUUUUUUUUUUUAACAGAAUAUCCCACAACUUGCAGCAGAGCAUGAAACAAAGAGGCCGGUGGCUGUUUCACAAGGGCUACUAUGAUGGACAAGAGCACCAGCUUCUGAAUAAAUGAGCCAUCCAAGACUUAGUCACUGUGGGUUCCCCCUCCCUGGAGGCAUUUCAGACCAGGCUGGGCAGGGCUGUGAGCAACCUGCUCUACUGGAAGGCGGCCCUGAACUGGAUGAUCUCUAAGAUCCCUUUCAGUACAAGUCAAUCUAUAAUCCCACACGGAGAUUCUGGAUGUGUGUAGUACUUUGAGGAACAAAGAGCAUUUUUGGUCUAUCAUUUCCCAGUGUGCUUAGAGACUGUAGCUCUCUUCACCUGGUGGCCCAACACAGGGGCAGGCAUCCAGCAGUGCCUUCAGGGGCUGCAAUGGCACUGUGAGCAAAGGCAUUCUAUGCAUUCCCAAUGGUGUUCAUUUUUUCUGACGUGUUUGUAUGUUGACUUUGGUGUUCUGGAGAGCUCUAAAAACUCUUGUGCCCAAUAGAGCAGCAGAGCUGGAAACAGAUCCAGAAGGUAGUGUGGUUAGGCUUUAGUCGGUCUUGAUGAUCUUUAAGGCCUUUUCUAACCUGAGCAGUUCUGUGAUUCUAAUGGAAAAGCUCUGUCAAGGAAAUGUGUUGCUCCCCACUCUCUCCUUCCCUCUGAGCUGUCGGUGUUCUGUACAUACUCAUGUUUACUAUAGAAUGACAAAGCAGUGGCCUUCUGCUAUCAUCAGAGUGUAUGAGGCCAGCUCCAGUGAGUGGCUGGGUGGGCACAUCUGCCUGCUGGGAUACCCACUGCAGGGGUCUCAUGUUGGCUGCUCCCUUAAGGUCAGCUUCUUUGGUAACACCUCUGCUUGUCCUGCAGCACCUCAUCUGCUGCAAGCUGCCUCCAUUGGCCAUGAGUAAUGACUGGUGAGUCAUCACUGAUGGGUUGACCAUCAUGUGAUAGGUUUCUUUGCUGCCCCUUCCAUUCCGUUUUGAAUUUUUUAUGGCUCGUAUCAUGAUAGUGAUGCAAAGAGGACGAUGUUGCUCUGGCGUUGGCAGCUGUCUCCCAACAGCCAGAGCUGGCACUCUGGGUAUGGAGUGGAUGCAGAGCAUGGCUGCUGGCUGUGUGAGCAGGUGUGUGGCACUGCUGCCUGUAGCAGAGCCCCUGAGCUCCCCCACUAGCUGGUGCAGCAGAUAAACAGGUCUGGAGGAGGAAUUCUGAGUGAAACAGAACUGCAACGUGCUUUAUAGCUGUCUCCAUCCAUCCCGCCCCAUUGCUUGGUGGUGGUGCUGACUGCACAGCAGCACUGUGAGUUGGGCUCACUGCUCAUGCUGGUUCUUUUCUGGUUGGGUAACUGUGUUGUACACAGAGCAACCCACAGCACAUGGAGGAACUUCUCUGCCUCUCGCUGAUCCUGCACAAAGUUGGGGCACCUUCCUGGUGCUGAGCAGCCACACAGAUUGCGCCUCUGCGUGACUCACCAACGUCUGCAUCACAUGCAAACGAGGAUAAAGCGUUUGCUGUGCACCGAGCUCUGUCAAUCGGAGAGGUUCCACUGAGGGAUGGUUGGUGUGAACUCACCGAGGGAGCAGCCCCAGCAUGGCUGUGAAUGGGACAGAUGGCUGCCAGGAGCUGGGAAGAGCCCUGGAGAGGGGUUACCUCUCUACCAUGUAUAGCCUGGAGUUUGCUUUGGGUGCCAUUGGGAACAGCGUUGUUGUGCUUGGUUAUAUCUUCUGCCUGAAGGAGUGGAAAAGUGGCAAUAUUUACCUGUUCAACUUGUCGCUGUCAGAUUUGCUGUUCCUGUGCACUUUACCAGUCCUGGUGAGCAGCUACUCCCAAGGCCGAUGGAUGGGUUCAAGCAUCCUGUGCCACAGCAACAGGUUCCUGCUGCACGUCAACCUGUACACCAGCAUCCUCUUCCUUACUGUCAUCAGCAUCGACCGGUACAUGCUCAUGAGAUACCCUUUCAGAGAACACGCUCUGCAGAAGAGGAAGACUGCCUUCAUUGUGUGCAUUGCUGUCUGGGUCCUGGUGAUACUGGAGCUGUUGCCUCUGACGUUCUUCCUGGAGGCAGUGUCACCAGCCAAUAACUUCACAUGCCUCGACUACGCGAGUUCUGGGGACCCAGAGAAAAGCCUCAUCUACAGUCUGCUCCUGACGCUCUUUGGGUUCCUCAUCCCCCUCGCUGUCAUGUGCUUCUUCUAUGUGAAGAUGCUGCUUUUUCUGAAGACCUGGAAGGAGCAGAGCAGCUCUGUCCUGGCUCUUGAGAGGCCGCUCACCCUGGUAGUUCUGGCUGUCACCACCUUCUCGCUGCUCUUCACCCCAUACCAUGUGAUGCGCAAUGUCCGACUCGUAUCCCGCAUCCCAACCCUCAACAUGUCCGUGUGCACCCAGGGCGCCAUCAACACCGCCUACAUCAUCACCCGGCCCAUCGCCUUCCUCAACAGCGCCAUCAACCCUGUGUUCUACUUCGUAAUGGGGGACCACUUCCGAGAGAUGCUGAUGGCAAAAGUAGUGCAGAUCUUGGGUAGGCUGAAAAGCUCGGGCAAAUGAACCGCUGGGGAGAGCUCUGGCACUGGAACUGGGGGAAAGCUGUGUGGGAGAGCAUUAGCAGCGUGCACUGCUUUAUUCCUUAGGUAGCUUCGUUCAGGUGACAGAACACACAGGAGCUGAGGGUGUCCCUCUGAAAGUGCCUGUUGCUGAUUCGUCUCCAGCAGGACAGCGGUAGGGGCAGCUGGCAGUGGGCAGAGCGACACUGCACUCAGCAUAGGGUACACUGUGCUCUAUUGAGACUGCAAAUAAAACAUUGCUGUGACAUUUCUCAGCAGGAA